GUAGCUACUAAGUGGUGGGCCGCCAGUGACGUAUGAUCACUCGUACUAUCGUAAACGUGGACCACUAGCACAUGAACAAACCUAAACAAAAUAUUUCGUUCGGCACCAAUAGAUUAGCAGGUAUUGAAAUGUCUGCUUAUCCGAUGUUAUUACACACAGUUGCGUGCUUGUGGUACGUUUUCUUUUGGAGUAACUUUUUAUCUAAUAGUCAAACAAAUGAAGAAGACUGGGAUCCCAAAUAUCGAGACAUAAAUGAAAUGGGAUAUCGAUUCCUCACCAAUUGGAAUCUAUUUUUCCAAACUUUGUUCUUUGCCGGUUGUUUGUUUCAUGAUGUAAUGAAAAUAUUAAAUGGUCCCAACUGGUUGAAAUUGGGUUCAACAUUUCAAACAUUACUUUCAUUAGCAUUUUCGUCUAUUAUACUGCCAACUGGAAUUUUUGUGUGCGUCACAUUUUGGUUAAUGUACGCUUAUGAUCGUGAAAUAGUCUAUCCGAAAAUAAUCGACAGUUACAUACCGUAUUGGCAAAACCAUGGAAUGCAUACUACUAUUUUACCGCUUAUUUUAGCAGAAUUGUUUACUACUAGACAUAAGUUUCCUUCUGUCUCAGCAUCAUUGGUAUUAUACUUAGGAUUUGGAUUGUGUUAUGCAAUCGUAUUUUUGGAAACAUAUAUAGAAAAAGGACGUUGGGUAUAUCCUUUAUUCGGGCUCUAUAGCUUUCCAAUCGCAUUGGGUAUUAUGGUAUUUUUAUUCGUAUUAAAGUUAUCAUUCCUAUUUGUUGGCAUAUUCAUCCAAAACAUGUAUUGGGGGAAAGAUGAAAAAAAGCAAUACCGAAAACCUAUUAAGAAAUCAUCCUAAUAUAAAUUAAGUAAAAUUUGUCAAUAUAUUUUUUAAAAAUAUUGUUAUUUAUUAAUACUACAUAGAUAAUAUAUUAUGAUAUAUACCCAUAGGCGCCCGGAGGGGGGGGCAAGAGGGGACAUUUGCCCCCCCUGCAAUUCAAUAGAAUGUUGAAUAUUUUAACUCUUAUUUUGAUUUAUCAACAUUUUAUCGAUAUUUUUACUUUAGUGUGUGCCGUGUGGUGUUGUUGAUCGUAAUAACAAUAUAUUAUAAGGCGUACCUACAAAAUAAUGCGUAUUACAUUAAUCGCGCAAAAUUAAAUACGUUUCAAUUCUGUGAAUUUAUAUUAAUCGCCUAUUGUGUAAACUACUUAUGACGAUCGACGCACCACGCACACAUAGCUUCAGUU